GUGCAAAGCCCCUGGAAGCCUGUGGGAAGCAUCACGUCGGGAAAGCAGCGUUUCUGCCGCUGAUCGCCGACCAACGCGCGACGCAGGAAUUAGAGUUGAUUCAAUGUUUAAGCCCGGGGGGACUUGUUCUACAGGAGGUCAUUGGAGUGCAGAGUUCCCGGCUCCCAUUUCCAGCAAGAUGCCUUAUUUUGCAAAACUCCUUUUAUUAAUCUUUUGCUUAGUUCUUCUUGUGGAAAGCAGAAAACACAGGAGGAGGAGGUGGACAAACCAGCUGGAUGUGCAGAGGGCGAGUCACAUCUUUAAGAAGAAUCAUGACUUGACCAAAGCCUGGAAAGGAAAGACAGAGCAGCUUCUCAGAGUUGAUGAACAUGACUUCACCAUGAGGCCAGCUUUUGGAGGCCCUGCAAUUCCUGUUGGGGUGGAUGUGCAAGUUGAAAGCUUGGACAGUAUUUCUGAAGUUGACAUGGAUUUCACUAUGACCUUAUACUUAAGGCACUACUGGAAGGACGAGCGUCUCUCCUUUCCCAGCACCAACAACAAGAGCAUGACCUUUGAUGGCAGGCUGGUGAAGAAGAUCUGGGUCCCCGAUGUCUUCUUUGUGCAUUCCAAGAGGUCCUUCAUUCAUGAUACCACCACAGACAAUAUCAUGCUGCGAGUGUUCCCUGAUGGUCAUGUCCUCUACAGCAUGAGGGUCACAGUGACAGCAAUGUGCAACAUGGACUUCAGCCACUUCCCGCUGGACUCUCAGACAUGUUCUCUGGAACUGGAAAGCUAUGCUUACACAGAUGAAGAUCUGAUGCUGUAUUGGAAAAAUGGGAAUGAAUCUCUGAAAACUGAUGAAAAGAUUUCUUUGUCUCAGUUUUUGAUACAAAAAUUCCACACUACAUCAAGGCUGGCUUUCUACAGUAGCACAGGUUGGUACAAUCGACUCUACAUAAACUUCACUUUACGUCGGCACAUCUUCUUCUUCUUGCUCCAAACCUACUUCCCUGCCACCCUCAUGGUCAUGUUGUCCUGGGUGUCCUUCUGGAUUGAUCGCCGAGCAGUUCCUGCCAGAGUCUCUUUGGGGAUAACCACCGUGCUGACCAUGUCCACGAUCAUCACUGGGGUGAAUGCCUCCAUGCCUCGUGUUUCCUACAUCAAAGCAGUGGACAUUUACCUGUGGGUCAGUUUUGUGUUUGUCUUCCUCUCGGUGUUGGAAUACGCGGCUGUGAAUUACCUGACCACGGUGCAAGAGCGGAAGGAGAGGAAACUCCAGAAGAGGUUUUCAUGUUCGUGUGGAAUACCUCACUCGAAAACUAUGAUGCUGGAUGGAAACUACAGUGAAUCUGAUGCCAACAGCCUGGCAGGAUAUACAAGAAACCAGAUGGUACCAGAAGAAGAAAAACAAGAAAAGAUAGUUGUGCAUUUGGCUAUGAGCAAUGAAUCUAAUUCAUCAAGGAAGAGAGGCCUGAAGGGUCACGUGGGCUUGCGCAUCAUCCAGAACACUCAUGCAAUUGAUAAAUACUCAAGAUUAAUAUUCCCAGGCACCUAUAUAUUUUUUAAUUUGAUAUAUUGGUCUGUCUUUAGCUAAGCAUGCUGGCACAGCAGUGACUGAAUCAGAAGACAUUUACAAAACUCUCUUUUGUUGGUACUUUUUCAGUCUAAUCUGGAUGCAAAGCCAAUAAACGGAUUCUUUUAUUGCUUCUCCGAAGGGCAAAGGGGAGGACUCCAGUAGGCAACUCCAUGCACAGGCAUCACGGAGGAACCUGCUGUGCUGGUUGAUUUUCAACCCACACCCCAGCUCCUGUUCGCUUUAAGACACAUGCCAUUUCUCAUACUUGAAAAUAUGUGCUCACCUUACACCCUAAAAGUGCUGUAUGUUCAUUUGGGGCUGGCCAUGCUGGUGGUGCCUGCUGUGUAAUGGACAACUAGAAACAGUGCUCAUGUGAGCUGUAAGGAAUUAGAUAAAUGCAACUAGCAAUGGGGGGUUUGGACGGCGUAUCUCCUGUAAGGGAACUGAGCGAAGCCUUUGCUUUUCAAAAUCUCUGCUUUUGAGCAAAUUAUUUUAUUUUUCUUUGGCAUAUUACCAUUGUAGCUUUUUCAAUUGUUUAUUGAAGAACGCCUCCUUUCAGGGUCCAAACUCUGCUUUCUCUGGAUAGGACCUUCAUCAACACUAUUAGGGUAGCCUACUGUCCAAGGUCAGCUGGACUGGUUACAGAGCGCAGGUGGUAUGUUUGCAUCAGUGGUAAGAUUAUAAGUAAGGAGCAAUGAUGAAGCAGAGCUAAGAAGCCCACAGACUCACAGAAGAUGGCUCCCAGGGUUCAUGGGUAAUGGAAGCAGGGAGGAUUAGGCAUGUAUUCUCCCUAUCAGUGGAGCACAGCUCAUGAUAUGUAGCACCUACUCUCUAAAACGAGAAGGGGAGCUGAUGUGUAGCGUUCACACACAUGGAGAGUGGGCAGUGCCCCUGGGACUGGGACCUUACCAUUCCCUCCCAAAAAACAGAAAACGGUGUUGAGGGCAGCACACAUGGCUUUCAAAGGUUUUCUUGUGAGGAAAGUGCAGCCCACAGACAAACUGUAUAUCCCCAUGUGCCUCUCCCAGUCAACGCAAUGCCCUUCUUCUGAAUGCGUUCAGGCAUUUGGGAUCAAAAGGGAGACGUGUCUGCCAGAACCUCUCUCUGCAGAAACAGAGGUAUGGCAGAGAUUAAAUGGCCAGGAAUAAUAUUGUGGGGUCCAAGGUCGAUGUAAGGCCUUUGAAGCUGCUGCAAAGCACUGUAACAAGCUUAUGUGCUUGGCAGUUCUUUUCUCAUCCUAUGAUAUCUCCCCUUCCUUUGCUAACAAUACUGACUGCAAAAUCCAAAUAUAGAAAUAUUAUAGCAACAAGACAACAAUGCUCAGGUUUGUGUGCUCCUUAUUUUUAGAAAACACAGUGACUUUUUGGCUGUGUUGGAGAUUAUGUACAUCAAAAUACUUGUUUACCAAGCUGAAACUUAGAGCAGUAGGGGCAGAAUUUGAAAUGUGAAGGUUAGAAUAAAGGAAAAGCAAACAAAAAUACCAAUGCCACCCUAACUAUUUGUCAGCAUGUGAAAUUUUUUGCUUACCAUAGCAGUUAUUCUUAUGUCCUAAGUCUCAAGGGAUGUAAAAGGCGGGAGAGAAUUGUCAACAACCCUGUUGGCUGUCAAUAAUACCCAGUUUUCCCCUCAAAUAUCACUGCCUAAGUCAAGCAGAUGGUGGCACUGAUUUACCGAAAACAAAAUUAAUGAGAGAAACUAAAAUUAACAACCAUGUUCCUUUUUUGUUAGCCCUGUUAAUAACUGACAUAAAUGGAGUUCUGUCUGAUCAUGAAAGUGACAAAAUACAUCCCUGAAACUGCUGGCAAGAAGAGGAGCUAUGGGAGGACAUGGAAGUGUCUGAGAGGAUGGAUUGCACUGUACCCCAGCCUGCCGCUUGUCUCCUGAUCCACCAGGUCAGUGCAUUUACCACCCAUCACUUCUGGAGCUGAAACCUGGAUGCUUCUUACAUUGACAGGUGGAGAUUACUACAAGAAAGAGGCAAAAAAUAUUAAAGAAAUAGACCACUCCUUUUUUUGAGAGGUUAAAGCUUGAACAUUACGGUGCAUUCUUCAGCAUUAGCACUUUUGAGUGCAAAACAGGAACCAAUGCCCCAGCUGGCAGCAGGACAGUGCAGCAAAGGGACCUUUUCUGGGGAAAGGCAGCAGAAUUGCACCAUGAAGUCACCAGAGAGCACAGGGAGUGAGAGCACAGGGCCUCCUGUGCCCUCCUGUUUUGCCAGUCUUUCUCCAUUGCCCAUGGCACGUGCCAUUUAACCUCUCAGUGCCUCGUCUCCUCCAUCUAGAAAGCGAGGAGAUGUAAGAUUUACCUACCUCAUCAGCUGCCAAGGGGCUUAACUUGCUCAGCUAGAACAUGUGUGGGGUGUGGUUAUGACUUCUGAGCGGGUUACCCAGUGGGAAUCCAAUCUUAGUUACCGGCAAGUUCUUCAAAUGCAUCCUCUGAAUCAGUUCAGGUGGAAGAAAGCAGGUUUCUCCCCUGCCUUAUAAUGCUAUUAAAACUCCCCUGCAUUAUAAUGAUAUAACAUAGCCAAACAGCCAAAAAGUGAGUGCUGUCAAUGAAUAAUGCCUCAUGGCAUACGAAAAACAGGAAGUCCUAGUGCUUUACUUUGCCAUUUGUUUUUAUUACACCUCCCAUUCCCUUAGAAGUUACGACAAAGAUGUCCUUUAGAUC